UUGCCCAUCACAAUUGCACACAAUUGUGCAAUUUGGGUACAGAGGCAGAGCAUUUGGUAUUAGUAAGUAAUGGCUACUUCAGUUUAUUCUCCUACUCGUUUGCGAAACAGAGAGGAACACUACAGCUCUAAGGCGAUCAUAGUUUUAAAUAAUAAACUGUUUGUAACCUCUCUAUUUCUCUUCACUGUAAUUAUCUUCAUGGCUGCAGUCUCAACUUUUGUAAUCUGCUUCAAACGACGGUGCAUUCGUCGACUUCCAUUGGAAAGCGAUGAAAACUCCGUCGGCCUUCCAUGUCGACCCAAGAAAAAGCCAGUCGCAGAAAGUUUUCCUGUGUUUGUGUAUGAGAGGAAGAAUUAUAGUGAGCAGGGGCUUGAAUGUGCGGUUUGUUUGAGUGAGUUUGAGGAGGAAGAGAAGGGAAGAAUUCUGCCUGCGUGUAAUCACAGCUUUCAUGUCGACUGUAUUGACAGGUGGUUUGAGUCGCAGUCGACCUGCCCGAUUUGUCGAGCCAAUGCCCAAGUCGACACUUUGUCGGUAGACGCGUAAAGCAGAAGUUCUAGAAAGUAGGAGUUACGUGUAUAUUUGUGUACAUCAAGCCAUAGUAGUAAA